GUCAGUUUUUUACAAUGCAGAGCAAGUCAAAAUGAUGCUUAAAACCUAUUUAAGAUGUUUAAAAUCUAAAAAUGAUAUUUAAAAUGAGCUAAAGGACACGUCAAAGAUCAAAUCUAACAUAACAAUGCUGAGCAAGAGAAAAUUGUAGGAGCAGGUCACUUUGGGUAGCGAUGAAGUGAAGAAUGUGCGGAGUAUAUACUAUGUAAAAUCCACCACUGUGGUUAAUCUUGCUUCGCCUGGUCAAAGUCUUCUCUGGUAGUCUUUGGGAACCAUAGCAUUGAGGGAACAUAAUUCUGGAAGAGGAGAAAUAACUAGAUUGUCUUUGACAACACUCCAGAGUUGACAGAUGGUUCCAUCAAAGUAGCUACUGAAGCUGUUCUAGUUUCCUAUUCUCUUAGAACCUGGUAAUUCCCAUCACCAUCUCAACCAAACACCCUCUGCUUGCUCCAUAUAAAUGCACGAUCUCAAAAGCUUGGAUGCAGGACUCAAUUACAAAUCAAAGGUUCACCCAUUAAAUUUCAUCAAGUCCAAAAAGAGAGGGAAAUGGCAGCUUCUCUUCACCCAUCACCACCUUGUGUGGGAGUUUUCCUCUUCUUCUGCAUGGCAUUCUGUCUCCUCCCUGAGUUGGCACUUGCUAAAGAUGCUGUCAUAACCAGGCACUACAAGUUCAAUAUUGAGCUGAAAAAUGUGACCCGCCUGUGCCACACAAAGAGCAUGGUAACAGUAAAUGGGCAGUUUCCUGGGCCUCAAAUUGUAGCAAGGGAAGGUGAUCGUCUUCUCAUUAAAGUGGUUAACCAUGUCCAGAAUAAUAUUUCCAUCCAUUGGCAUGGUAUUCGACAGCUUCAAACUGGAUGGGCAGAUGGGCCAGCAUAUGUAACUCAGUGUCCAAUACAAACUGGAAAGAGUUAUGUGUACAACUUCACCAUUGUUGGCCAAAGAGGAACUCUCUUUUGGCAUGCCCACAUCUCAUGGCUGAGAGCAACCAUCUACGGUCCAUUGAUCAUUCUCCCCAAGCACAACGCUUCUUAUCCAUUCACAAAGCCCUACAAGGAAGUCCCCAUCAUUUUUGGCGAGUGGUGGAAUGUAGAUCCUGAAGCAGUUGUUAGCCAAGCCCUACAAACAGGUGGGGGCCCAAAUGUGUCAGAUGCCUAUACCAUUAAUGGACUACCUGGAUUACUCUACAACUGCUCUGCCAAAGACACAUUCAAGCUGAAGGUGAAACCAGGAAAAACUUACCUUCUCCGACUAAUCAACGCUGCGCUCAACGAUGAACUCUUCUUCAACAUUGCAAACCACACCCUCACUGUUGUUGAAGCCGAUGCUAUUUAUACUAAACCUUUUGAGACCGAAACACUCCUCAUCACACCAGGACAAACCACAAAUGUUCUUCUCAAGACCAAACCCCAUUUCCCGAAAGCCACAUUUCUCAUGACAGCUAGACCAUAUGUCACAGGCCAAGGCACUUUUGAUAACUCCACUGUCGCAGGAGUCCUUGAAUAUGAAUUGCCACCCAACUCUCCCCAUUCUAGCAUUUCAAUUAAGAAACUUCCACUCUUCAAACCAACCUUACCUCCCCUUAAUGACACUUCAUUUGCCACCAACUUUACUAGGAGACUCCGGAGCUUAGCAAGUACCCAAUUCCCGGCUAAUGUUCCCCAGAAAGUUGACAAGCACUUCUUUUUCACUGUAGGCCUUGGAACAAGGCCCUGCCAGAAAAAUCAGACCUGCCAAGGACCCAAUGGAACCAUGUUCGCAGCUUCUGUGAACAAUGUGUCUUUUGUACUUCCAACCACAGCCCUUCUCCAAGCCCACUUCUUUGGGCAAUCAAAUGGGGUUUACACCACAGACUUGCCAACCAACCCAACUCUGCCCUUUAACUAUACAGGCACCACACCAAACAAUACCCACGUGAGCAAUGGAACCAAAGUGGUGGUUCUCCCUUUUAACACAAGUGUGGAGCUAGUGAUGCAGGACACCAGCAUACUUGGUGCUGAAAGCCACCCUCUCCAUCUCCAUGGCUUCAACUUUUUUGUUGUUGGCCAAGGAUUUGGAAACUUUGAUCGAAACAAGGACCCUGCAAACUUCAAUCUAGCUGACCCCAUCGAGAGGAACACCAUCGGUGUGCCCGCUGGUGGUUGGGUUGCUAUUCGGUUUGUAGCUGACAACCCAGGUGUAUGGUUCAUGCACUGCCACCUGGAAGUCCACACAACCUGGGGUCUAAGGAUGGCUUGGGUUGUCUUAGAUGGAAAGCUGCCUAAUCAGAAGCUUCUUCCUCCACCAACUGAUCUUCCCAUGUGUUGAUUUUAAUUCAUUUUGAGAAUAUUGACCAUGUCUCGAGAGAAUUUUUUACCCCAUUUUUACUUAAUGUAUUGACCUUUUUCAUCCACUUGGCAUUGACCAAUUCUUCAAUUGUUCUGCAAGAAAUUUUUUUUUUUUUGUUGCAACCUCCCCAACUGAAAAUUUUAAUGUAUCGUCCUACUGUUGCUUAUGAAUACUAAA